CUGCAAUGCACCCGUCUUCUCCGCAGUAUCAAGAUGUUGCUUCACAUUUGAAUUACCCAUUUAAACCUUUGAUCUGCUGCAAUUUAAGUGUUGAUUGCUAAAUUUUGACAAUUUUUGUAAACAGGAAGUGGCCGGUGCACCAGUAAACAUAAGGUCAGUUGAUUAGUCCUAGCAUGAGAAAAACUUUAAAUGUUUUGAAAAAAAUGGCAGAGGCAAUACAGCUUAAUAAAAGUAGACGUCACAUUUUGCUAACAGGACAACCAGGUGUUGGAAAGACAACUCUUGUUAAGAAGGUUUGUGACAAACUAGAGGAUGAGAAUUGGCAAUGUCAAGGAUUCUAUACUGAGGAGAAGAGAGAAGAUGGACAGAGGGUUGGCUUUGAUGUUGUUACAUUUGAUGAUAAGAGAGGCCCACUGGCAAGAAUCAUAGACAGGGAUAAUCCAGUAGCAGGGAGAAGUUAUAUGGUGGGCAGAUACAAUGUUUUACUACAGUCAUUUGAACAGCUUGCAUUACCAUCAUUAGCAAUAAAGCCAUCAGAGUACACAAGAGUGAUAGUGAUAGAUGAGAUAGGAAAGAUGGAAUUGUUCAGCAGAAGUUUUACACAGACUGUAAAAGACAUUCUAAAACAUCCAAAAACUACAGUGUUUGCAACCGUACCUCUUAAGGCUAAUCCAUUUGUAGAGGAAAUAAAGAACAGAGAUGAUGUACAACUUUAUACAGUAA